UUAGUAUUAUGAAUACAUACGUAGAGGUGUCAUGGAGCUACACAUGUAACAUCACCGGCUCCCUGAGACCACCCGGCUUUCACUGAGACCCUCAAACUCCUCCCGGACCUCACUGGAGACCGGACCACGGCCUCCGCGUGCUGCUCAGACACCCCUUCCUCCGGACCGAGCCGCUCCGCGGACCGCGCGCCUCUUUGUCAAGCUAACUGGAGUUAGCACUGCUAGCCUAGCCGCUGAACUUUCACCGUCGCUGGUUCUUCGGACCCCGCAGAACCGGACCGACGAAGCUCGCGGCGAAACUGAACACAGCAGCGCGCUCCGUGCGGCACAACACCCAGACCCGAGGCGCUCUGGCGGUGAGCCAAGUCGGACUUCCGCGAGUCGCUUGAGGUCAUUCGGUGUCGUCCAUCGGUCCGAGGCGGCUGUUGUCGGGCAGCGGUCAUGAAGAGCCUCCCGUACUUCUGUCGGGGAGAGGUCAUCCAAGGCUUCGGGAGAGGAAGCAAGGAGCUGGGCAUACCCACAGCCAACUUCCCGGACGCGGUGGUGGACUGCCUCCCCGCAGACAUUAGCACUGGGAUCUACUACGGCUGGGCCUGUGUCGGGAACGGCGACGUUUACAAAAUGGUCAUGAGUAUCGGCUGGAACCCUUACUAUAAAAACACCAAGAAGUCCAUGGAGACUCACAUCAUUCACACAUUCAAAGAGGACUUUUAUGGAGAAGUGCUCAGUGUAGUCAUGGUGGGCUACAUCCGUCCAGAGAAAAACUUCACUUCACUUGAAGCCCUGAUUGCAGCGAUCAACGGUGACAUCGAGGAGGCCAAGACGAAGCUGGAGCUCCCAGAGCAUCUUAAACUCAAGGACGACAACUUCUUCACAAGUGCCGCCAGCUCGUCCUCAGGCUCGUCCACCUCUGUCCCAACCACGAUUAUGAAUGGUCACUGACAGCUGGCUGGGACAGCAGUGGUCCACCUACAUGCUCGUACACAGGCCAGGAAAACACAGAUUACAUUAUACACACACAGACACACACAGAGCUUUGUGUGAACCUACAGCUUCAUUUAGAAGUCUCUCCACCGCCGUUUUGGCUGCACCGUCAUAAUCAGAACUUCAAUCAGCUUUGCUGUAUGUUUCUUUUACUUCCUCAGCGUCUCUUUAGCAAGGCACUGUUCAGCUUCAAGUAUGGUUUCUGUUGCAGACAGCCAUUCUCUCCAUCGAUUUUGUUUACUUUGUGUACAUAUUUACACCAGAUUGCCUCUUUGGGUUUCACUGGUUUUGCUGUAUUUGGAAUAUUUUGUGAGUGAAUGCUCUGACAGAAAUACAAAUCUUAGGAUGAGGCUGACGACCAGUUCAGGCUGUCUUGUAAUAUUCUGUAUAUAAAGAAUAACCUAAAAGGCUCAGAAACUGGACUCUCAACUCAUCACACUCUUCAGUUCCUGUUUCAAAUGGUUAAAAGAAGCAUCCUGGGCAUUACUAUCUGUAACAGACGAGAUCACACAGCAAGGCCACGUUAUGCAACAGUCAAGCGCAAUGCAAGGCAGCAGUGAUCAAACGAAAUGAUGUGAAACUAGUGAGAUUGAAGUUCCUGGUUCUCUUUCAAAUCCCCUCAUUCAUAAAAUAUCUUUUUAAGUGACCCAUAGUCUUAUAUUGCUGCCCCCUUAACAUGUGUUAAAAAAAAUUACACCAGCCACUGAAUUUGAGAAUUUGAUGCAUUAUUAGUGAAGUAAUAUGAAUUUAUUUAGCGUGUGUACCAAGAUGGAUUAGCAUUUAGUUUCAACAGCGUUGAAUCUGCAGAGAAUUUUCUGAAAAACACCAUCACUGAUUAAACAAGCGGACUGUUAUGCAACUCAUUUUGUUUUUUUAUUUAACACCUCAGUUCCUAUCUCAUCAAGAUAAACCCCAGCUUGUAUAAUUUAAAAAAUGUGAGUGAACCACAAGUCAACAGAUGCCAAUCUCAGAUGUCCUUUACGUCUGUCGUCUAGUUUUGAAGAUUUUUAACAAACAUCUUACAAACUGACGUGAGAGAGCUGAAAGGAAGAAUCCGCUCCUGGUUUGCGUGCGCCUGUACAUUCACUCACAAAGACAACGUCAAGCAGGAUUUCCAAGUGUCCCCAGUCAUCUGAACCUCUGUUAAACCUAUUUUUAAUGAAGAAAAGUGUAAAAUAUAUGUUGUUGACUUAUGUGCUCUAUAACAUUAUUUUAGAGGAUUAUAAAUUGUAUCGAAGAAAGUAAAUAUGACUGCUUUAUAUGAACGCUGACGUCAUGCAAGAGAAGCCAUGAGUCGCCGAUGAGAAGUGCUUGAAUGUUUUCUGGUACCUCUGAACCUCGUUUUGGUAGUUCUGCUUUUUACUUUUUCACCGAUUUAUUUUCAAGAGGGAAAAACUGGACUGAGGUUAAUAAAUGCGAUGAUUUAUAGAACUUGUUCUAGAUUAUAAGAGGGAAUAUUUCAUAACAGACAACAGUUUCAAUAUUCAAGGGUUUUCCAGUCUCACAUUGUUGCACUUAUCAGUUGUAGAUUCUACAGGACCCAUGGUUACUGCAUGUGAAAUUGACGAUUCAGCACUGUUUUUUUCCCCCAUGUGUGUUUAUUUAAUUUACACAAAUAAAUCAUACAAUC